UAGUAGCUCGUCGCACACAUGGGAAACGCUUUUACCACCUGAGCCGGACGGGCGCUAGGAAUGGCGCCAAUGCGCCGCCAUUUUCAUGAAACUUUACCGUGACCGUAAAUCGAAGACUGUUGACGGGGAAGAAUUCCAGCGGACGCCACGCGCCCGUCGGUGGAACGUCGAAAAAAAUCGCGAGAAAGGCGAGAAUAAUGCGCUGGUCAGCCCACUUGCACGAAGGGGACUGAGCUGGAUAAUCAAGAAUGCAAUCUGUGCAAGAGAGCAUAUGUGCCAACGAUAUCGAAGGCUUGGACGCGGAUACCCUCAUACCCGUGGGACUCUUGGCUUGCGAUGUCUCCUCUCACUCGAGACCGCAAGAUGCCUCGACUAUGGUGGAACUUGGAAAGCAGCUUCUACAUAGCGCAAAGAAUGGUGACACCGAGGCUGUCCGUGAGCUCAUGUGUAGGGGCGCACCAUUUACAACAGAUUGGCUUGGCACAAGUGCGCUCCAUCUCGCCGCACAGAACAAUCACAUAGAGACUGCUGAAGUUUUACUUCGAGCAGGAAUAUCGAGGGACGCUAGGACAAAAGUCGAUAGAACUCCCUUACACAUGGCAGCGUACGAAGGCCAUCAUCAGAUGGUACAAUUGCUGCUUAACUAUGGAGCUGAUGUCAAUAGCAGAGACAUGCUGAAGAUGACUCCACUGCAUUGGGCAGUAGAACGUGAACACGUGGAUGUAAUGCACAUACUAUUAGAUCACGGAGCUGAUACAGAUGUAACUAGUAAAUUUGAGAAAACUCCAAUCAGUCUUGCAUUAGAGCAUGAUAGGUUAGACUUAGUGGACAUAUUACAACAGGAAAGAGUGCUAAUGGGUAUUCAACAGAAUCAGAUUAAUUCUACAGAAUUAGAAGUAGCCACGAAUAAUUUAGUACAAUUAGAGACGGAGAAUAAUAGCAAAAGUUCGAUAAUACAGGAGGAGGAACAACAAAAGUUUCAAAUAACACAGCAGCAACAAUCUCAGCGUAAACGUAAACUUUCUCAAGCGCAAAUUGAAAAGAAACAAAAACUGAUCUUUCAACAAAUUUCUGUAUCGCCAAACAACACAGAUGGCGAACAGGAAAAAGAAAUUGAAGAUGUUGAGAUGAUUAAUGCAAAUAAUAUUAUAAAUAGUAAGAAACAUAAAGAUAUUAUGUCGAUAGGCAAGCAGUUUAGGUUAUUAGAAGCACAUGGGAUCAGAAUGAUACCCGUAGAUGAUGAUCCAUCUAUUGUAGAAAAAGCAAUGGAAAGUGGGAGAACGGUAGUUUUAACAGAAGCUGGAAAAAUUGCUUUGAAUUUGACGAAAGGUACGCCAAUUAAACGCCUUCAAGUCGCUUCGCGGAAGGGAACGUCAAGAAAACUUGUAACAAUUAGAGCAGAUCAACUUCAAUCAAAAAUCUUAAAUCCAAAUUCUAAUACGUCUACCACUACGUCACGGAGUCCAAAUAUUUUGAAAAAGUCUGCUGUUGAUAACAAAGCAACGAAAUUAUUGGUUGCAACGGUUUCUAACACUCCAACAGCAUCUACUGUCACUGAAAUCAAGAAUUCCGUUUCGACAAAAGAAAAAGUUACGAGUUCCCCGGCAAAGGUUACAGAAUCAACAAUUUUACAAUUAGGCGAUGAUGUUGAAGAAAUUACUGAAGAUGAUAAUCCAGAAAACAGCGAGCCAGUAACGGAUAUAGCGGUAUUAAGUAGACAAUUGGCAGAAGCGCGAAGACAAGCCGCCGAAUAUCGUAAGCAAUUGCAAGAAAAAGAGAAGGAAGCGGAAAUAUAUAAACAACAACUCAAGAACAUCACAGCGCAAAUAGCAUCUAAGUAAUUUUGUACAGUUAUAGAUUUCAUAUUCGGUUUCACCAUUUGCAAAUCGGAUUUCUUUUUUAUAUCAAAAGACUAUUGAUUUUUUACAUAUAUUUGAUUGAUAACCUUUGAUUUUUUUACAUAUAUUUUUACAAUGUAUUAAAAUCUUCUCAAUCCUCUUUUUGUAUCUGAAUUUUCACAGAUGCUAGAUAACAAUUUUCAUUACUAACACCGAGGUUUUGUAAUGAAUACCUAUAAGAAACUGAAAGUUCCCUACAUACUUACAAGAUAUUUAGCAAUGUUUAUAAACUUAUUUCCUACUUUAAUAUGCAUGAGCUCUAUUUCUUUUAGUAUGUGCAAAUGUUAUAAAAGAGAAAUAAAUAAAUAAGUAUUUUAGUAAGAUUGAGGAUAAAUUACGGCCAGACGUGUGAAAUUUGCGAAUAUAUGAAUCAUUUUGCUUUCCACACAAUGUAUCAAUAUGUUUUUCAAAUAAUUCAUAUAUACAUAUAUACAUAAAAUGUGUGAGACACUAUAACUUAAAUUAUCUUUCAUAUUUUAGAAGAAAAAUAUUUCAAAUAAAUAUUAAAGAAGUUGCUUCAUUUUUUUAAAGAAACAUCAUUUAAAUAGAUAAAGAUGCUUCCAAAUUAUAAAUUUGAUAAAGUGU